AGUAAACAACCAUCCACCUGAAGGUCAUCUGCUUUGUGCGAACGUCCUGUUACACCUCCCUGACCGACUCCCAGCUGAUGGAGCAGCUGCUCCAAGUCUAUGGCAAGAACAGAUCGCACACAAAGGCCACGCACUUGUCGCAGCAAUGAGCCGUAGGCGGAUGGACGACCCCGCUGCUCCCCUCCCAUCAGCCCCAGCUGUCAGCUCCUUUCCUGACUCCCCCACCCUGCCCCCGGUACCAUGGCGUCCAGCGAGGAGGACGGCACGGUUGAGGAAAAAGAAAACAACAACAAGAAGAGAACGAAAAGCGCCCUCGCCACAGCAUGGCUCACUUUCUACAACAUCGCCAUGACCGCCGGGUGGCUGGUUCUGGCCAUUACGAUGCUGCGCUUUUACCUCCAAAAAGGCACUCACAAAGGUCUGUACAGAAGUAUAGCGAGGACCCUCAAGUUUUUCCAGACCUUUGCAUUAGUCGAGGUGGGGCACUGUGCCAUUGGAAUGGUGAGGACUUCUGUGAUUGUAACUGGGGUUCAAGUGUGUUCAAGGAUUUUCAUGGUUUGGUUUGUCACCAACAGCAUCAGACAGAUCCAGAAUGAAGAAAGUGUUAUCCUAUUCUUGGUUGUGUGGACGUUGACAGAGAUCACCAGAUAUUCCUACUACACGUUCAAGUUGCUCCACCACCUGCCAUACUUCAUCAAAUGGGCCAGAUACAACCUCUUCAUUGUCCUGUACCCACUGGGAGUCGUGGGAGAGCUGCUGACCAUUUACGCCGCUCUACCGUUAGUACGCAGCUCUGGAAUGUGCUCCAUGAGGCUGCCUAACAAGUACAACGUGUCAUUUGACUACUACUACUGCCUCAUCAUCGUCAUGCUGUCCUACAUCCCACUGUUUCCUCAGCUUUACUUCCACAUGUUGAGACAGAGAAGGAAAGUUCUCCACGGUGAGGUCAUAGUGGAGAAGGAUGAUUAGACGAGCACCACCUCCUGCCUUUGCCUCCACACCACACCUCCUCACCUCCAUCCUCUCAGCACCAAUCAGAACAUGCUUUCUUCAUCACACGGGACGAGAAGAGCUGCAGCGAUGACA